GCUUCCAAUCACUUUCUCUUUCAGGAUCGUAUCUGAACUCUCCCACUGCGCUCUCUCUACCGGCCUCAGAUAUUUAUCAAGCCCGGGACCAUGCAAGCCUGCCUACCGAGAUCGUAUCUAAUCCCAGUGAGAGAUGAAGAAGCAGAGUCUCAGAGGAAGGCCAGAUCUCGCCACAUUAGACAAACACGCAGAUCCACGCAGGGUGUUACCCUGGCUGAACUGAAGGAGGCUCAGAGGAACUACAGCCCGUCUCUUCAAGAUACAGAUGGUCAGAUAGAGGAUGGUUGCAGCAGGAUGUGUGACCGGUCCAGUCUGAAAGGGAUAGGAGAGGCCCGGUCCAACCUGGCUCAGUGUUUGGAGGCAGGGAACCCCAGUCAUACAUGUAGCUGGGAGAUAGACAAGAUUGGAAACCAGAGACAAAAGUGGAGGACUCAGGCUUCAGGUUCUAUUGCAGACCUCGCCAAUCCUCCUUCUGACCCUUGGCAUUACUACAUCCCUCCUUACACCUCCUCCAGCCUGGCCAACUCUAUGUCCUCCAGAGUUGUUAAAGGGGAAGAUGAACAAAAACAUGACUCCACUGAAGAUCCCUCCAAAUGUGUCCUUUCCACAAGAGAGAAAAAAGUGUGGUUCUACGACCAAGAUGCAGAUAAAACCUCCCAGGUUUUUGAGGUAUGUGCAUGGAAGGGAUUUCAUGAUUUUCAUAAAUUGUUGGAACAAGCUCCUAUGUGACAGUGGACAUAUUUCUGUGACAUUCUAUUCUACCACUAGGUGGUGCCAAAAUGUUUUUCAAGUAUGAUUUCAUCUGCUGUAUUC